AUGGGGGGCUCAGGGGUCGCAACGGGGGGGUGCUGGGGGCUGCAAUGGGGGCUGCAGUGGGGGGUCCGCUCCCGUCACCCUCCUCUUCCUCUCUCCCUCCCCAGGCCCCGCGACCCCGCUCCCGCCCGCGCCCGGCGCCUCUCCGGGGACAGCGACUCCUCAUCGGUGUCCUCGGUGUCCUCGGCGGGGCCACCGCGCUCCCACCGCCCCGCAGCCCCCGCGGCCCCCUCGCCCCGCCGGCAGCCCCCCGGCCGCAGCCGCUCGGGCGACCGCAGCCCCCUGCCCCCGCGCAAGCCCCCCGCGGGCCUCGGGGACGAGCGGGGCCGCCCGCGUGUCCCCAACGGGCCGGGCACGGGGCCACCGCGUGCCCGCAGCCAAGGCCGCCCCGGCGCCGAGGCCGUGCUGCUGAUCCGCCGUGGGCGCGACGGGCAGCACUCGUGGGCACGCACCGACGGCGCCACGCGCACCCCGGCCAGGGUCCCGGCCCCCCGGCGCUCCUCGCUGCCCGGAGGAGCGGGACGGGACCGGGACGGCGACGGGGACGCCUUCCAGGAAGAGCUGGAGGAGCUGGUGAGGAGGCUGCGGGCCCCGCUGCGGUUGGAGCCCGGGCAGGAGCAGCAGCUGCUGGGCAGGCUGGAGGAGGAAUUUUUGGCCAACACGCGGCUGAUGGAGCUGGAGGACGACGGCGAGCCCUCGCCCCCCGCCGCCCGCCCGACACAGGGGACCCCCGAGCCCGGCGGCGGGGCGGCAGCCGACUCGGCCUACUGCUCCUCCUCGUCCUCCUCGUCCUCCCUCAACGUCUUCAGCAAGCACGGCGGGGCGGGCCCCCCCCCGGCCGCCCCCCACCCGCAGGAGGGCAGCGGGGGGCACGGGCGCCCGUCCAGCUCCUCGGACGAGAGCAGCUUGGUGCCGGCCUCCGGCGCCGAGUCCGACCCCGAGGAGGAGGAGGAGGACGAGGGGCCGGGGGCCGGGGGGAUGCCGGGGGUCCCCUGCCCCGCGCCCCCCGCCCCGCGCCCCCGCGCCAAGCCGCGGCUGGACACGCAGCCCGGCAAGAAGCCCUCCCGCAUCCCCACGCCGCGGCCUCCCGGCGGCCCCCAGCCCUGGCGGGCCCUGCAGAGCGUCCUCUCCUCCCUGCUGGAGCCCCCCUGGGCGCCGCGGGAGGCCGAGGGGCUGGAGGAGGACGCCUGGCCCUGAGGAUGGGGGGGG